GAACACAUUUGAAUAUUUAAUAUCACAUAUAUAAAUCCUAAUAGUUCCAUUAGCAUAUUGCUAUGGCGUAUAUUAUCGCAAAAAUUGUAUUUUAAAUAGGAAUCUCGGCUGAAGUGCCACGCGAUGACAACGCGCGAUUCCACCGUCGAAAUAACAAAUAUACCAUGAUUAAAGCCUUUGAGGUGAUGAAUAAUACAUUUUGAGGGGUUUCUAGCUCUGUUAGGUACCUAGGAUGCACGUUGUAGUUGUCUCUGGCAUACUGUUAUCAAGGCAGUGCUGUGUGCCAUAAGUUAUCACCGUCCUUCAUGAAAUGCAGGGCAAUGUUUCAUCGCAUCAUUCAGAUGGCUAUCCUGAUGAUAGUCCCUGGGAUAACCGGUCGGUAGCUGGGCAGAGCUCAGCUCCUACAGACUACAUCUCUGCUUUGGAACACUAUGGCAGCCUUGGAAGCGCAUCAGAAUGUUCACGAUGUGACCUACAAACACGUCCUUCAUUUGGCAGCAAUGCAGUUAUGAGUGAUGUUUGGGAUCUAUGCAAUUCUAGUUUCGAUGGAGGUGUCUACCAGACCUAUGAUCCUGCACAGUCAGCAUUUGACUUGAAUGUUCUCAAUUGUUCCGGUAUAUUUAGGCAACAUGACGAGCGUGUAGUACUACCUGUGGAUGAGCGUUGUGAUGCAUGUCUGGGAACUCUGGAUACCAACGUAUGGGUAUGUUCAUGUUGCCGGAUCAGCGUUCACGGUCUGUGCUACAUACCUUAUGAUACCCAUCUAGAACAUCUGCAGCGCACAGGAGUUUCAGCGUUUGGGAGAUCCGCUGAUGCUAGUAAUAAGAGUCGCGACAACCGUUUGAGCGACUCGGACGGCGCACUAAAAGAGAGUGUAUUACGUUUUGAUUUUGUAUGUGAUGUAUGUGCUGAUAAAAGUUUAAAGCAGCGUCCAAAAUGCGCUUUGUGUGGACUUUCAGAUGGCGCUAUGCGUUAUAGCACCUCUGAUAGUGUUUGGGUACACUGCAGUUGUGUAGUAUUUGCACCAAGUGAAAGUAAUCUUAAAUUUAAGUAUCCUAUAAGUAUGCUCGAACCUCAAGGUGUCGAAGAAGCACUUGAAAGUUGUUCCAAUGAUAAAGAUGCAGGAAAUAAAUGCGAUGCUUGUGGUAAUUCAUACGGUAUUUUGCGUCCGUGUGCAUUCACACGGUGCUCGCGCAAUCUACACCCUAGAUGUGCUUUGUUCUGUAAUGGUUACCAGGGCACUGCAUUUUCAGAUCAUGUCUACUACAAGACGGACGAACGUCCUCAAUACAUCGGAUUCACUGGAGCCUUUUGUAAUCGACAUGCCACGUGGGAGUUUGUUAGUGCAGGAUUGCAAAUGCAUAUAAGGCGUUCACACGUUAUCCGUGAGGAGAACGCCAGCAGCUAUUGCCGUUACCAGAAUGAAGUGGCCAAUAUUCUACGUAUGACUUCAGCAGUCACUGCUUCAGCAAUGAUGGCCGAUGGCGGAGCUCCCACGGACGCUGCAGCUACGAACCUUGAUAUGCACAUCGAACCCUGUGUAGCAUUGCCCUCUGAAAUUGAAUUCCAUGUGGGCGCCGAUGCAGAACCAGAUGAACACAGCUUGGACGAAUGGCGCCAGUACUUUUUGGAGCCUCGAGAUACAGAAGCAUGCGACUCUGAGGUACCCCAACUAAUACCAACUGUGACUGAUGAAAUUGACAUUAAUAUGGAAAUCAAUACUAACGUGGAGUAUGAUGUUCUACCAGUAGUAGAGAUGCAUACAGGUCAGGGUGACAUGGGUGCAGACAGCAACAACUCCCAAUUCCGUGGUCAAAGAAUGAUAUGGCAGAAAUCCGAUGUAUUCAGACCUAUACCGUAUGGACCUGCUUCAGACAUUUUAAUGGAGAACCAAGAUCAACCAACACGCAAGCGUAGUCUAGAGGAAUGUCCUAAUUUAGAAACUACAGUCCUUGCAGGUUCUGACUUCUUAGAGCCCAGGGAUCUUAGUGAUAUGUUUCUUCAGCAGAUACUUUACAGCUGCGGCGGCAUUGUCGCACUGCUAGACGCGGUCAAGCAGAACCUUGAUCGUGAGGUACAGGGCAAUGGCAAAAGUGCAUCGGAUAAGAAGUACGCGCGAUUCCAUAUAUUGGUAGACACUGGACGUACUGCAGGUUUUGUUGUGCUUAGGAUUAGCAAGUGGCUUCUGGAGGUCAUCCACGAUGAUCAUGUAUUAGCCCAACGUUCGGACAAAGCCCCGGUUUCAGCUGUUAGCAUUGCGCUGGAUGAGGAAGUGCGUCACUUUCUAUCUCAUGUCAAUGCGGAAUCUAAUCGCAAUGUCUCGAGUGCACACUCUUACUUUGGUAACACUUUAACUAGGAACGUUGACCUAAUGAGCGGCUUCGGAGAAUAUGGACUGAAGGAAGAUAUACGCUCGCUUCACGCAGCAGCAAACGUAUCCUACUCCGAUGCCGACACUCUACGGUUGCGCAAGAAGCUAGUUAAGCGUGCAAAAAAUGAGCAAUCAUUAAAGAGUGUGGAGUUGGAAGAUUUCAUCAUACUCAGUCCUUUGGAAUCCGAACUUCUUCGCAGAUGCGCUUUUGAAAUGAGCCAUGUGAAUGAUACCAACAUCAAGCUUGCAGUGGUUAAACAUACCAUGGAAGCUAGUGACGACAUUCCAUCCUUGCUGAUGGUAGAUUGGAAUAGCAUUUUAUCGAAAAUAAAAGCCAGUGCAGCAGUUACGCACAGUAAAAACGGUCAAAAGGGAUCUAACUCAAAGAGUACACAAACAAACGUAAAAAAUGAAAGGCCGGUUAAUAAAACCCCGGUAACACCCAAGUCACAACAACCAAGCUUGGAACAAAGCAAUAGUUUGGGCAACCUCCCACCCGUACCCAUGGUUCACCUGGGCAAGCAUACGUGGCCUGUGGUUGAUGACAUGAAUUUUGUCAAAGGUCAGAAGGAAAUCACUGAGCGUGAUCUUACAGUAGUGUCGUCCCAGCUUCGUACUAUCCGUGAGAACAUUAGGGAGAAUGUGCUAGAACUGAAUGCUAGGUUGCCCACGAUAAACGAGAGACAUGGCUACGCUGAUACUUUACUAGAGCAAUACGAAUCCACUGAGCGGUGGGCAACUGUGGUUAACAACUUCUGCAAGGGCCUGAAUGACUCAACUGAUAACAAGACUCCAACAAUAUAUACACAUAAAUCUGCAGCGCCCGUUGUACUUGCUACAAGUGCAUCAGAGGCGCGAGCUGCAGCUAUGAAAGCUGAAGGAAUAGCCGAGGGUGCAUACUGCAGUGUAUGCUUUAUAAAUACGGGGAACAACCUCAAUCCUAUCUUAACGUGCUCGCGUUGCUUCAUGUCAGCGCAUCGUAACUGCUAUGGAGUGAGCCGCAAUAUGAAACCUGCAUAUGCUGUCGACUACGUUUGCAGACGUUGCGAGUAUGAACGGCGUGGCAUGGGAAGCCACUGGCAAACGGCAUUCCGCAGUUGCAGCGUAGUAUGUGCCAUAUGUGGACGUGGAGGUGGCGCUCUAAAACGUUGCGAAACAGAUGAAUGGGCACAUGUGUUUUGUCUGCUGGCAUUAUUGCCAGAAACCAGGUGUAUCAACUUUGUUCAUAUGGAGCCAUGGUCAAUACAGGGCAUAGCCGCAUGGCGCCGUGAUGUCAUUUGCACAGUCUGUGGAGUUGAUUGGGGAUACGUCAUGGGUUGCUCUGAUUGCAGUGCAGCAGCACACCCCUUAUGUGCUUGGUUACAUGGAUUUAAAUUCAUGCCUUCUGCUGCCAUGGUAUACAGGGCUUAUUUAUCCAGGGGCCAUGGGCUUACACGAGACUUACGUGUAAGGUUACAGUGUAAUGGCCAUGAUCCAGAACGCCAGUGGCAUGUAUUCAUCUCCACACGGAACAAAAGAUUUGUAAAUCGUGAUUCAGCAGCAUAUCUGUUUGAAGGUCGUGACAAGCGCAAGAAGUCACGUGCUUUAGUUAUAGAAGGAAUGGCAUCUAUGGAGUCGUUAGACCUAGUGGACAUACGUAGUACAUUAUGCGACACCAAGCAGUUUAUGACAGAUAGGCGUUGUGCAGUAUGCUUCGGCGGAGGUGGCACCAUAGCAACAUGUUCACACUGCGAUAGAAUGGCACAUUACUCGUGUUAUGUUGAAAACGAUCGUGAUAGCAUUACUACUGACCUGGGAUGGGGACCAUUGGAAUUCAUAUGUGACCCAUGUAGAAACAAUGACGAAGAGGCACUUUGCGGUAUAUGCAGCCAAAACGUAGGACUCCUAAAGCAGGUGCCCACCGAAAAUAACCAGCGACUAUAUAUCCACACUAUAUGUGGCGUAUGCUUCCCGCGGGUAUUGGUAUCAUUGUACCGUGGAAUACCUGUGGAUACAACAGAUACUCUUCCAUGCACCGUAUGCAACUCGGUAGAUGGAAUGCUACUACAAUGCUGUCAAGAGGGCUGUUCUACUAUGUUCCAUGCGUAUUGUGGCUUGGAAUCUCGCUACGUUGUAGAGGCGCACUGCAUCGAUAUAUCUAGAGGGCCUCAAUAUGUCGCAUUUUGUCAACAACACGCACUAGUUUCCCGUAGUGUGGGCACUAACCUGAAGUUGUUACUACGCCUGCGCAUAUAUCUACAAAUGCUGCGCGCCCUAACAACUGACAUGGCAUCCCAGGAUGCAGUAGUACGUGCAUGGAGGCGAAAACGCCAAGAACUGCUGAAUUUGGAGUGCCCACUAACCGCGCUUAUUAACACACGGUUUGAUAACUCACAUGAAUAAUUGCUAUUCAUACUACAUACGUAUUCAUAAUGUGUGUCUAAUGCUUACGCGCUCGGUAAU